AUGUCAUCAAACAAUAAAUUAGAUGAUGCAGUUUUAAAAUCAAGACUGGCUCGUUUUGGCAUAAAUAAUCCGAUUACAAAUACAACUAAAAAUGUUCUGCUUAAGAAACUCUUUAAAUUAGAAAUGGAUUCUAUAGACAAACGUAACGAUCAAUCGAAUACAUUUGAUCGUGAAUCGAUAUUAAACAAACAUACAAUUAUGUCAUCAAGCAAUACAUUAGAUGAUGCGGAUUUAAAAUCUAGAUUGGCUCGCGUUGGUAUAAAUAUUCCAGUUACAAAUACAACUAGAAAUGUUUUGUAUAAGAAACUCUUAAAAUUAGAAAUGGAUUCUCAAAACAAACAUAACAAUCAAUUGAAUACAUUUGAUCGUGAUUCGAUGGACACUACAACUAAUGACUUGAACGAGUAUGAAAUCCGUGAUGGAAUCUCCAAGUAUGGAUUAAAGCCAGUCCCAUUGACCGAUUCUACUCGUCCUCUUAUAAGCACUAUUAUUAGAAAAAAAAAUGAACAUUCUUAAGAUACCUUAUUUACUAAUUCCAUAAAUUUUAAUUUUAAAGCUAAGCAUACUGUUAUAAUAACUUAAUAAAUAUAUUAAAAUCAUAUCAAAAUAUUUUAAUUUGUUACUAUGAAUAUAAAUUGGAAUGUAACAUAGUAUUAACACGAAUAUGUAUUUGUUUAAUAAAAUGUUAUAUUAUGUGUACCUACAUCUUAAAUUUACAGUAUUUACUGAAAUAAAAAAAAAUAAAA